AUGGCCUCCCUCGCAACAACCCUCGGCCUCCGCACCCCAACCGGCCUUGGCCAACCCCCCUCCUACGCUGGCGCAUAUCUGAUCUUCCACUUCAUCUGGGCAUACGGCCUCACGUCAAGCCGUACACUCAAACAAAUCCUCGGCAUCGACCACAACGUCAGCCCGCGCGAAGACCUCUCCAAGUACGGCCCCGCGGCAGUCUCGAGCGGCAAAAUCACCCAGAAGCAGCUCGACAUGCUUAAGCGGAACGAAGGCGCGCACGCGAACUCUUACGAAAAUUACGCAGUAUUUGCCGCUGCGAUGAUUUGGUCGCAUGUCGCUGGGCUGGAUACUACAGACGUGAAUGCUAGUGCGCUGGUGUAUACGGUGGCGCGGCUGGCUUAUGUGGCGAUUUAUGUUCUGGUUGACAAGCCGCUGUUGAGUCAGAUGAGAGGAAUUUGCUGGUGGAUGGGUAAUGCGGGUAUGAAGGCCAUCAAUGCCGCCAAAGUCUGA